AUGGGUUAUGACACAACAGGCAAAUCCCCCUUUAAGGCACUAUACAGCUGGGAACCUUCCUUGACUCCAAGUAACGUUCCAACAGACGUCCCUGAGGCAGACAAUCUAGCAACCCAGAUGGAGGCACAAUGGCGGGAAAUAGAGGCAGCACUCCGGCAAUCAAAGACACGCAUGGUGGCCAGAGAAGUAGGAGAACCACUUGAGUUUGAAAUUGGGGAAGAAGCCUGGCUAGACGCCAAAAACGUGAAGCUAAAGACCCUUAGUCCAAAGCUAACCAAACAACGCCUAGGCCCCUUCAAAGUAACCAAGAAAAUCUCCAACAGAGCAUACCGCCUAGAACUUCCGCCCACAAUGAGAAUCCACAAUGUUUUCUACGUGGGUCUUCUGUCAAAGGUCAAAAGGGAUAAAAAGCGCAACUUCAAGAACUGGCCACCACCUGUCACCGUGGAUGGAGAAGAAGAAUACAAGGUUGAAGGGAUCACAGACAUGGAAGAAAGAAACGGGAAGUGGUUUUUCAGGGUAAAAUGGAAAGGCUACGGAUCAGAGGAGAAUACCUGGGAACCAAGGGAGAACCUCAAAAACGCCGAAAAAAUCCUAGAAAAAUUUGAAAAAGAAAUGAAAAAGAAGGCCCUUGGCGCUGCCAAGGCCCUUAGAGGGGGGGCAGUGUCGUAG